AUGGCUAUUGGAAAUGAGACUCUGGCCUCCCAAGAAGAGGCUUUCCAGCUCCUCGACAGAUUUUCCUGGUUUGCCAAUGAUCACCAGCGGCGCUGGUGGGAACAUACUGGCCCCAAGUUGCUGAAACUUUUGUGCGAUGCUCAAUAUCCACAGAAGGACCAGCUCACCUACCUGUAUCUGAUGCAGCAACGUCUUGUCCCAUAUCUUGGUGUCUUCCCGGUCCCCGGACAGAGCACACUCAGCGUUGGUGGAGCCAGGAUUGGCUUCGAACCAAUUUCACACUUGGCAGAAGAGGGUGUCGACUCUUUCAACAAAAUAGCGACAGAUGAAUGCAUAUCCCAACUUGCCUUUCUAGAUAAAAACGUCGAUUUGGCCCGGUUCCGCCACUUUCAACAGGAACUUGUUGCGACCCCAGAUGAAGAAAGUCGGAUACUCCAAGGCAAAGCCCCCUUACCGAUGGCUGGGCGAGGCCAAUAUGCCCUGGCCGUCGAACUUUGGAAGAGCGGCAUCAAUGCCAAGGCAUACUUCUUUCCGCACAUGAAGUCGCUGGCGACAGGAAUCGCACCGGGGAAGCUAUACCUUGACUCAAUUGAGAAGCUUGGUCUCCCGGGAUUGAAGGAACCAGUCCAUCACCUCCGCGAAUUCCUGGGCCUGAAUGACGACGGAAUUCCUGCCGAUAAGGAUGUUACUGUCGUACUUCUCGGUUGCGACCUGUGCGUCCCCGACCAGAGUCGGAUGAAAUUCUACGUGACCGACCUGAUGGUUACAUGGGAUCGUGUGGCGGACAUGUGGACUCUUCGCGGGAGUCGUCUGGAAGAUCCUCAAUGUGGCAAUGGUCUGACCCUACUUAGAAAGCUAUGGGACCUCCUCAUGAUCCCUGAAGGCCAUCGUGGAAACGUCUGGCCGGACCUGGCCUUUGGCACACCCCCGAGCCCGGACUACCGAGCCGUCAUGAUGGCGAACUGGACGCUAUCUCCCACCAAGAAAUUCCCGGACCCCCAGAUUUACUUCCUGACCUUUGGCAUGAAUGAUGCUGUGGUGAUGGACGCGCUCAUUACGUUCUACGAAAUGGUUGGCUGGACGGACCUCGCCAGAACGUAUAGGGACAAAGUGACAUCGUACUAG